CACACCCAUUCCCCUACCCUUUCCAUGGCCACCUCCUACUCACGGCGCCUCCUCGCGGCCGCCGACCUCGUCCUCUCCGCCGACUCCCAGGAGACCCACCGCCUCCCCGACUGCAGCGUCGUCACGGCCGAGCUCAAGCCGCACCAGCUGGAUGGCGUCGCCUGGCUCAUCCGUCGCUACCGUCUCGGUGUCAACGUCGUCCUCGGUGAUGAGGUGAGCCUCCUUGCCGCCUGGCCUGUCGACUCGACUAGGUGCCGGGUCUGGAUACCCGCGAGUUAACCCUGCUCGCGUGGAGAUACCUUUCAUCAUUUCGUUCGCUUGCUUUACUGCGUCAUCAUUACUUCUCGACUCAUUACUAGUCACUGUAUGUUUGCUUAUUAGUUUUGUUUACACCUUGUUUAUGUCGCCAAAUGUUGACGCCCGGUGAGAUAAUACCCUCCUCUAUGAAACUAGGGUGUAUAACCGCUUUUUUUCAGAACAAUAUUAGCCUGUGUGAUUGAUUCUUAUGGGUGUUUGACCAUGUGCAGAUGGGGCUUGGCAAGACCCUACAAGCAAUUUCUCUCUUGAGCUACCUCAAGACCCAACGCAUCGCACCUGGACCGUUUUUGGUAUUAUGUCCUCUAAGUGUCACAGAUGGCUGGCUCUCAGAGUUCAAAAAAUUUUGUCCUUCUUUGAGAGUCAUGCAGUAUGUCGGUGAUAAGGUGCACCGUCGUCAUCUUCGCAGAACCAUGUAUGAAGAUGCCCAGAAAUCUUCCACGUCAUCUGAUUCUAAUGGAUUAUCAUUUGAUGUGCUCAUGACAACCUAUGACAUAGCCUUGAUGGAUCAAGAUUUUCUUUCACAAAUCCCCUGGCACUACGCAGUUAUCGAUGAGGCUCAACGUCUCAAGAAUCCAUCCAGUGUAUUGUAUAAUGUCCUUGAGCAACGUUUCAUCAUGCCAAGGUGUCUACUACUAACAGGAACUCCUAUCCAGAACAACCUUUCUGAACUAUGGGCGUUGAUGCACUUUUGCUUGCCUUUAAUAUUUGGAAAGCUGGAUGAGUUUCUUUCUACUUUCAAUGAAGCAGGAGACUCGAUGACAGGUGCUGAAGCUAAUAAAGCAAACAGACAAUUCAAGAUCCUGAAACAUAUACUCAAAGCAUUUAUGCUCCGUCGAACAAAAGCUUUACUAAUUGAGAGUGGAAUUCUGGCGCUGCCUCCACUAACUGAGCUAACAGUGAUGGUGCCACUGACGCAGUUACAAAAGAAGCUCUACUUGUCGGUGUUGAGAAAAGAGCUGCAAACACUUCUUUCAUUUACUGGAGGAUCAUCUCGCCAUCAGUCUUUGCAAAACAUUUGCAAGUGUUGGUAUUUAGAAGAAGUAAAAAAAAACUCGACCACGGGGAGCAGACAUCACCCUGGCUUCGUCUUAAAGGAGGGGACUACUAAGGUGCCCACUUUUUACGAGCACCCGGCUUCGAGCCCAGGUGGGCGGCCCCCUCAACUGGAGGCUCUACCAACUGAGCUAUCACUCGGUUCUCAAGCGUUGGUUAUACAAUUGCGGAAAGCUUGCAGUCACCCAUAUUUAUUCAGUGGAAUUGAACCUGAGCCUUAUGUGGAAGGGGAACAUUUAGUUGAGGCUAGUGGAAAGCUCAUUUUGCUCGAUCUUGUUCUUAAGAAGCUCCAUGACUUAGGCCAUCGUGUUCUGCUAUUUGCUCAGAUGACCCAAACACUGGACAUUCUUCAGGACUUCCUGGAACUGCGCAGUUAUACUUAUGAGCGCCUGGAUGGUUCAGUGCGUGCUGAGGAACGGUUUGCAGCAAUUAGAAAUUUCAGCUCUCAAUCUACCAAAGGUCUUAUGAGAGAUGAUAAUCAAAGCCAAGCUUUUGUUUUCAUGAUAUCAACUAGAGCAGGGGGUGUGGGGCUUAAUCUCAUUGGUGCUGAUACUGUUAUUUUUUAUGAACAAGACUGGAAUCCUCAAGCUGACAAACAGGCCUUGCAGCGUGCUCACCGCAUUGGACAGUUGAAUCAUGUAUUGUCAAUAAAUUUGGUAUCGCAGCGCACAAUUGAAGAGGUCAUCAUGCGAAGAGCCGAGAGAAAACUUAAGCUUAGCCACAAUAUUAUUGGAGAAGAGGAUGCAACUAAUGGGAAGGAGAGAGAUCUGGGAAAUGAAGCUAGUGACAUGAAAUCAAUUAUCUUUGGCUUGCACCUGUUUGAUCCGAUGGAUACAACCGCAGAAACAAUCAAUGAGGACACAGCUGCUGAGACCAUCAGUGCAAAGACACUGGCAAAGUUGAAAACAAUGUCUGAAAAGGUUGUCAUGAUGCGUAGUCAUGAACCUUCAGAAAAGGAUGAACGGGCAUUUGAAAUCAACCUAAAUUUGACUGACAGCAGCGGGACUAUGAUUAGAAAGGCUUCUGAUUCCAUUACUGUUGAUCCUGGGCUUAAUGAAGCUGUAUACCUAUCCUGGGUCAAGAAGUUCAAAGAGGCUUCCGAUUCUAUUGAAGAGACCACAGCUGAACUAGGAAGGCAGAGAGCAGCACCUGAAGAGAAGCUCCUGAAACGUGAAGCUAACAAGAAAAAAACAGAAGAAAAGAGAUUAGCCAAGUGGGAAGCUUUGGGGUACCAGUCACUAGCGAUCAAAGACCCUGGUAUCAUAGCAAAACAGAAUAUUCCAGACUCAGGAUCCGUCCAACUUGUAUAUGGAGAUUGCACUGAUCCUUUGAAGGUUUGUCCCACAGAGUCUGCCAUCAUAUUCAGUUGCAUAGAUAAUUCUGGGACAUGGGGACAUGGAGGAAUGUUUGAUGCUUUGACUAGUCUCUCGACGUGCAUUCCGGAUGCUUAUCAUCGUGCUUCUGAAUUUGAUGAUCUCCACAUGGGGGAUCUUCACUUGAUUCAGCUUGAUGAAGCCAACUGUAGCAGGAGUUUCGAAGCACCUUUAUGGGUGGCACUGGCUAUUGUUCAGUCUUACAAUCCGAGACGUAAAGUUCCAAGAAGUGAAAUCUCCAUGUCUGAUUUGGAGCUGUGUUUAUCAAAAGCAGCCUUCUCAGCUGCUCAGCGUUCUGCGAGUAUCCACAUGCCCCGAAUUGGUUACCAAGGUGGUUCCCAACGAUCAGAAUGGUACACCAUAGAACGCCUGCUCAGGAAACACUCAUCUCUCCAUGGAAUCAACAUUUUUGUGUACUACUUUCAGCGUUCAUCGAGGCAACAGACAUAUUCUAACUAGUCCAUGCUGAUGCUUUCUGUUCUAAGCAACACAAGCUAGGUGUAGGGAUGUUUCUGUAACCUACUAGAAGAAUCAGGGAUUAUGCAGUUAGCUUGUAACUUUUUUUUUGGGGGGGGGGGGGGCGCUUUUCUGCAGCUUAGUUGAGUAGAUCGGUCAGAUGAAUUAGGUUUUAGGGUUUGGGCCUCUUUAGGUAAGAGUAAUAUGUACUAUGAAAGAUGGGAAACUUCAAGUUCUGUUUUCAACUGCUGUCCCUUUUGUUUGUUUGGCAUGUAUUUUCCUGGUCAAAUCUGUCAAGUUUUGAUGAAGUAUCAAGUUGUAAUAUGUGGUUUGCCUCCUUUAAUUGAUGAGUAGUUAUACAAGAUAAUCUCUGUUUACGUCAGUAUUCAAGUGAUGUAUUCAUAGCCCUUCUUUUAGCUUUUUUGCACCUGAUGAUCUGAACGUCUGUUUCAGGGUGACAAGGCUCAUAUCUCAAUGCAAAAUGGAGCCCUGGACCCCAGACGCAAGAAUGAAACCAUGCAGAUAUGAGAUCAGACUGAGUUCUUGAUGGCCGAGCUGUAUCCAUCCUGGUCAUCGUAGAACUUGGACCACAGCAUCACGCCCCCAUACUUGGUUGAGUUCUUCAAUGCCGGAAGCACCUGAGACUCGAGGCUCCCCACUGGAAUUCAUCAGGUUGGCCAUGCUCCCCUGUGUGUAUUGGCAAGGUGGGUUGUUGUAGAACUGAACCCACACAUAGUCAAAGAGCCCUGUCUGAAGGGCUUUGCCGACCCACUGAUCUGGGAAAGGACACUGCGGCGCUGCUGAUAGGUACACCUCCUUCCCCUUGCCACUGUAGGCUUUGAGAUAUGCCGCAAGGGCUCCGUAGUAGUCUGGGUUUCCUCCCUCGAUAUCAAAGUCCACACCAUCAAGCACUGCAUCGCCAAGUGGCCUCUUAUCUGAUUGUCCACCGAGGAAAUUGUUCCAGAUAUACUGGGCAAGCUUGAAAGCAUCUUGCUUGGAGUUGAGCGAGUAGCCUCCAGCGCCUCCACCGAUGGAAAGCAUGACCUUGACACCCUUGGACUGGCAGAACUUGAUGUCUGUGGUGAGGUUGGUGCAAGCAUUGGAGUAGGGGUCGCAGUGGCCUGCGAGGUUUAGCUGUGGGAUCUGCCCUGAGCCGAAGCUGCAGAGGAAGGCAAUGUUGACGAAGGCGUAGUUGCCAGUGCCGCAUGUCUCGGCAAGGGUACCCUCAUUGCCGUUCUGGCCCCAGUAGAUGGCAAUGCUGCCGCCAUGGCUCCUGGGAGCUGAGGAUAAAAGGAAGACGAUGAAGAGGCAGGCAACAAGGGAGUAGGAACUGUAAGUGGCCAUUGCUCUUGCCUCUUUGAUUCCUAUAGCUCCCCACCGGGAUUGUUUGUUGGUUUGGAGAUGGGAUGCUGCUACCUGCAUGAAUUGCUGAUUAUAUAUAGUGGUCUUACGAGA